UGUUGCUAGAAGCUUCUGGUGUUUUGCACAGUUUUGGUCUGUAGGACCCCUCCAGGGGGUGGUGUCCCAGCUCUCUCCCAGUCGUUUUCCCCCUUCUCCUCAAUUCUUUUUUUUUGAGACGGAGUUUUCGCUCUUGUUACCCAGGCUGGAGCGCAAUGGCUCAAUCUCGGCUCACCGCAACCUCCGCCUCCUGGGUUCAGGCAAUUCUCCUGCCUCAGCCUCCUGAGUAGCCGAGAUUACAAGCACGCGCCACCAUGCCCAGCUAAUUUUUUGUAUUUUUAGUAGAAACGGGGUUUCACCAUGUUGACCAGGAUGGUCUCGAUUUCUUGACCUCGUGAUCCACCCGCCUCGGCCUCCCAAAGUGCUGGGAUUACAGGCUUGAGCCACUGUGCCUGGCCUUGCUUUUUUCUUCUGGAUGGUUCCGUCUCCUUUGUGUUUCUUCGCCUCCUCCUUGCCUCCCUGGGGUCAGACUGAUAAGGCCAGAGAGGUGGGCACUGGCCUGGGCCGGGGGAGGAGUCGGAACUUUGCGGGGACAGGAGCCUGAGGAGGGUUUCAGCCUGGCAAAGACAGGGCAAGCCGGUAUGCAGGUUUGUGCCUCCCGGGAUUGCAAGGACACCUGGGCCCAGCAUGGGACAUGAGAAAGUCCUCCACAGCUGGCUUCUAACUUGGGUCUGGAGGAAUCGAUCAGGCACGCAGCUGGGGCAAAGGCUAGAGGUGGGGCCGGCUAUUGGCUUCAGGAAUCUGCCCGGCCAGUGUCAAGGAAGGUGCUCGGGUUUUCGGGGCGCUGGGUCCCAUCGGUCCCUCCUCGCCUGGGCUCACCCUCGGGGGUCUGGCAGUGAGCGAGCACCGGCUCAGCAACAAGCUGCUGGCCUGGAGUGGCGUCCUGGAGUGGCAGGAGAAGCGCAGACCCUACUCUGACUCCACCGCGAAGCUGAAGCGGACCCUGCCCUGCCAAGCCUAUGUGAACCAAGGGGAGAACCUGGAGACUGACCAGUGGCCGCAGAAGCUGAUCAUGCAGCUGAUCCCACAGCAGCUGCUGACCACGCUGGGCCCCCUGUUCCGCAACUCCCAGCUGGCACAGUUCCACUUCACCAACAGAGACUGUGACUCGCUCAAGGGGCUCUGCCGAGUCAUGGGCAACGGCUUCGCGGGCUGCAUGCUGUUCCCCCACAUCUCCCCCUGUGAGGUGCGCGUGCUCAUGCUCCUGUACUCGUCCAAGAAGAAGAUCUUCAUGGGCCUCAUCCCCUACGACCAGAGCGGCUUUGUCAGCGCCAUCCGGCAGGUCAUCACCACCCGCAAGCAGGCAGUGGGGCCUGGUGGCGUCAACGCAGGCCCAGUGCAGAUCGUCAACAACAAGUUCCUGGCGUGGAGCGGCGUCAUGGAGUGGCAGGAGCCCAGGCCUGAGCCCAACAGCCGGUCCAAGAGGUGGCUGCCGUCCCACGUCUACGUGAACCAGGGAGAGAUCCUGAGGACCGAGCAAUGGCCGAGAAAGCUGUGCAUGCAGCUCAUCCCGCAGCAGCUGCUGACCACGCUGGUGCCGCUGUUCCGAAACUCGCGCCUGGUGCAGUUCCACUUCACCAAGGACCUGGAGACGCUGAAGAGCCUGUGCCGCAUCAUGGACAAUGGCUUCGCUGGCUGCGUGCACUUUUCCUACAAAGCGUCGUGUGAGAUCCGCGUGCUCAUGCUCCUGUACUCUUCAGAGAAGAAAAUCUUCAUCGGCCUCAUCCCCCAUGACCAGGGCAACUUUGUCAACGGCAUCCGGCGCGUCAUUGCCAACCAACAACAGGUCCUACAGCGGAACCUGGAGCAGGAGCAGCAGCAGCGAGGGAUGGGGGGGUAGUAGCUACCCUGGGCUAGGUCCCUCCAGGAGUCACAGACGAGGCCCCUGCAGAGACUGGUGACACGCUUCUGAGCAGGGGCCCCUGGGGACUUCGACUGCCCAGCAACAUGGAGGAUGGCGUCCUGAGGGCUCAAGGACGGUCCCCAACCCUGUAUGUUUCCCCAAUAAAGGCUUUUAAAAACUUG